AUGGUAAUAAUAGAGGAUGCCUCACAUCGAGAGGGUGAGGAGUCCAACGGUGGUAUUUUUUGGAUGCUUUCACAAGUGCGUCCAGAAAUCGUGUUGGCGUUAAUUGCACUCGCUGUGGUCGCCAUUCUCCUCAGCAUUGCUCUUUCCAUUCGGAGUCUUUACAGACUCUCUGAUCGGCAGCAGAUGCCCACUUUUGACCCGUUAAGCUUUACCAUUCAGCAGUGGAGGUCAAGGAUGUUGCCCAUCAGGAUCGGGUUCGCUUGCCACUGCCACCAAUAUGGCGCCCUAAAGCUUCCAGAAGAGAUGGAAGGUUACAAGCAUUGGCCGGAAGCCACACCGACGAGCAGAGCCCCUUCUGUCUCACUUUCUCUCCUAACGCCGAAGCCAUUAGUGGUCAACAGCAGUAAUUCGCCCCCUAUUUUUGCUUCGGAGAAAGAGAAGCGCACUCCUGAUCGCUCUUCUUCCUCGUCGGGGCAAAACAUUAUUUACUACAUUCGCAUUGAUCAGAACCCGUGUCUCCUUCCAGACUCCCUCCAACAGGAAAACCCCGACCACUGCCUGGGUCGUUGCCUCUGCUUCGAGCCUGCCUCGGGUAAUUCACUCAUCACUAAGUGCCACAAUCACAGCCACGUGCCUCAAAGUCACGUUCCCUACGGCUUGAUGUUACCACCGCCUCCACCACCACCACCACCACCACCACCACCGCCAACGUUCUUCACCCCAUAUCAGGUAGACCAGCAGUCAGAUGGCGGCGGAUUGCCGGCCUAUACGCGAAAUAUCUCCCUUGGCGAGGCAACAAAUGCCAAGCUGUUAGCACAACAACCACCUGGAACAUUGUCAACUGCGUCGUCUUCAGAUACUGGGACGUCGAAUCCUUUUCCUGUCUCACUUUCAGGGACCCUACCAGUCCAUUAUCAGGGCAAACGAGACAGCAUUGAGAUCGGUUCUGUGGCGAGCGAUCCCUACAACCAGACCAAAGUCUACCUCAUCAAGAUGGUAGACUCAAGUGGAGGCCAACACCAACAGCACCACCACCAACAGCAACAACCACAGAAGACGCAGAUCGGCAACAACAUAAAUAACACCGUCUACGAUGAGGAGGUGCUGAACAGUGGAAGUAGAGGAAAUUUCCACACCGUCAAUCCAACACUGGUUCAAUUUUCCAGUUCAACAGAAGCUGCUGGACUGAUUCUCUGCCAUCGACUAGCAGAUGACGGUUCGAGUUUAUCGAAGACUCAAUCCGAAGUAGAUUUUGCGGCAGCUAGACGACUGCCGUCUCCGCCACAGACACAGUCCUACAUCCUGCUCUCAUCCCCGCCACCGCCACAGCCUAAGAACACCCUAGGUCUAUUCCACUGUCUUAAACUCAGCCAAUCUGCCCGUAAUUUGUACUGCAACGUGCGACUGCCGGCCGAUCGUAUGGGGAGCCGCGGCACGGGUACGCACGAGUCUCGUGUGACUGAACAACUAAGGCCAUCUGCUCGAAAGAAUAGUCAGGAUCUGAUUGUUCCCUGA